AUGCCACCAAUUCGUCAUACUGCUCUGCAAUUGGUGCAAAACCAAUAUGAUACACCGUCACAGCAUCCAAAUGUAACACAACGCUCACGCCGGUGUCAAUUAGCACCACAUGAACGUGUUCGACUUGUUGAAUUGAAAGCUAUUGGAUGGUCAUAUACUGAGAUCCAUGAACGCUAUCCUUAUAUUCCAAUUGGAACAAUCAAAACUACAGUUGCUCGGGCGGAAAAACGAGGCCCAACUCAGGCUGCAUUACCUCGUUCUGGUACACCAAAAAAGUUGGAUGAAACAGAUCGAUUGAGGAUACUUGAAGCAAUAUCAGAGAACCCACGAAUUAAGUAUGAUGCUCUACUAGCUUUAGUCAACUUCAAAUGCGGUCGAGCGACUAUUUGGCGACUUCUCCAAGGUGAAAAUAAACGGAAAUGGCUUCAACUUCAACGACCUGAGUUAACCGACCAACAGGCUCGCCAGAGACUGGCUUGGGCACAUCGAGUCCAAGAUUAUGACUCUGAAAAAUGGAAAAAGAUCUUCUGGUCAGAUGAAACAACUAUCGAAAGAGGAAAAGGAGGACGGCGAGAGUGGACUUUUACACCACGAAACCGCCAAAUUGCGGAACGAGAUGUUCAACAGGUCCCAUGUCACAAAAGUGUUAAGCAAAUGUUUUGGGCUGCCUUUUCAGGGACCGGUCGUCGAUCCGGACUUAUUCCACUCUUUGGAGAUCCAGAUUCUCCUAAUGGAGGGGUGAACCGAUUUGUUAUCUUGGAAUUAUAUCAGCGUGUGCUUCCAACUUUGCUAAGCGGAGUUGAAGGUGCUGUGUUUCAACAAGACAAUGCUUCAGUUCAUACUGCACAUAUUGUUCGUGAUUGGAUUGCUGAUCAGGACUAUGAGAUUAUGAAAUGGCCUCCAUAUUCGCCUGAUCUAAGUCCAAUUGAGAAUUUAUGGUCGUUACUCAAGGCAAAGAUAUAUGAAUUGCACCCUGAGAUUAGGGGCAUGCCAAAUAACGACGAUACUCUACAGUUUAUUAUUGGGGUAGCACAGAUAGCGUGGUCUAUGAUUGAUAUAGCGAUACUAGAAAAUUUGGCUAUUACUAUGCCACACCGUGUACAGCAAGUUAUUGAAAAUGAUGGCUGGUAUACUAGUUAUUAG